AUUCCGCAGCGAGCUCGCCGGGCUCACUGGGCAUGCUCAGUCGCCGCCGCGCUGGGCUGGCGAGAGGCUUCCUCGGGCGCCGGGCUCGGGUCUGCGGCCGCCUUGGCUCGGCUUCCCCGGGCGCGGGCUGGACAGAGCGGCCCUUGAGCCGAGAGACACGCGCCCCGCCGGCCCCCGCCGCGGUCCCCGGGAGCGGUGCUUCGCUCCGGAGCCCCCAACCUCGCGCCAAGUUCGGAGCCGCCUUCUGGGGGAGACAUGCAGAAGAUAACCAGGAACGUUCUGCUAGACAUGGAGGAGGAGGAGGACGACGAGGACGAUGGGGAUAUCGUGUUGGAAAACCUUGAACAGACAAUCGUCCCCAGUUGUGGAUCACUGGAAAGUCAGCAUGAUUUUCGAACCCCAGAGUUUGAAGAAUUUAAUGGAAAAUCUGACUCCCUCUUUUUUAAUGAUGGCCAGCGAAGAAUUGACUUUGUUCUAGUAUAUGAAGAUGAAAGUAAAAAAGAGCCCAAUAAAAAGGGUACAAAUGAAAAACACAGGAGAAAAAGACAAGCAUAUGAAUCUAACCUCAUCUGUCAUGGCUUGCAUCUAGAAGCAACAAGAUCGGUUUUGGAUGACAAGCUUGUAUUUGUAAAAGUACAUGCACCAUGGGAGGUGUUAUGUGCGUAUGCUGAGAUAAUGCACAUCAAAUUGCCUCUGAAACCCAACGAUCUGAAAACCCGGGGCUCAGCCUUUGGUAGACUCAACUGGUUUACCAAGUUCCUCAGUGUGGACGAAAGUAUCAUCAAGCCAGAACAAGAGUUUUUCACUGCCCCAUUUGAGAAGAACCGGAUGAAUGAUUUUUAUGUUGUUGAUAGAGAUACCUUCUUCAAUCCCGCCACCAGAAGCCGCAUUGUUUACUUCAUCCUCUCUCGGGUCAAGUAUCAAGUGAUGAACAAUGUUAACAAGUUUGGGAUUAACAGACUUGUAAACUCUGGAAUCUACAAGGCAGCUUUCCCUCUCCAUGAUUGCAAAUUCGGCCAUCGGUCCGAGGAUCCCAGCUGCCCUAAUGAACGGUACCUUCUGUACAGGGAGUGGGCUCAUCCUCGAAGCAUAUACAAAAAGCAGCCCUUGGAUCUUAUCAGAAAAUACUAUGGAGAGAAGAUUGGAAUCUACUUUGCUUGGCUGGGCUAUUAUACGCAGAUGCUCCUCCUGGCAGCAAUCGUGGGAGUGGCUUGCUUUCUCUACGGAUAUUUUAAUCAAGAUAACUGUACAUGGAGCAAAGAAGUUUGUAAUCCUGAUAUUGGCGGCAAGAUUAUAAUGUGUCCUCAAUGUGAUAGGCUUUGUCCAUUCUGGAAACUCAAUAUUACUUGCGAGUCCUCAAAGAAAUUGUGCAUCUUUGACAGUUUUGGAACCCUGGUCUUUGCAGUAUUUAUGGGGGUAUGGGUUACCUUGUUUUUGGAGUUCUGGAAACGGCGCCAGGCAGAACUUGAGUAUGAAUGGGACACUGUUGAGUUACAGCAGGAAGAACAAGCCCGGCCAGAAUAUGAAGCACAGUGUACUCACGUGGUGAUAAAUGAGAUUACUCAGGAAGAAGAGCGCGUUCCCUUUACCGCUUGUGGAAAAUGUAUGCGGAUGACCCUCUGUGCAAGUGCCGUCCUUUUCUGGAUCCUUUUGAUCAUCGCUUCAGUUAUUGGGAUUAUUGUCUAUAGGCUCUCAGUGUUCGUUGUAUUUUCUGCAAAACUUCCCAAGAACCUUAAUGGAACAGACCCAAUCCAGAAGUACCUGACUCCACAGACAGCCACAUCUAUCACUGCUUCCAUCAUCAGCUUUAUUAUUAUCAUGAUUCUGAACACCAUAUAUGAAAGAGUGGCCAUUAUGAUUACUAACUUUGAACUCCCAAGGACCCAGACUGAUUAUGAGAACAGCUUAACCAUGAAGAUGUUCUUAUUCCAGUUUGUCAACUACUACUCUUCGUGUUUCUACAUAGCAUUCUUUAAGGGCAAAUUUGUAGGCUAUCCAGGAGACCCAGUUUAUUGGUUGGGAAAAUACAGAAAUGAAGAGUGUGACCCAGGUGGCUGUCUUCUUGAACUGACAACUCAGCUAACAAUAAUCAUGGGAGGAAAAGCAAUCUGGAAUAACAUACAAGAAGUAUUAUUGCCCUGGAUCAUGAAUCUGAUUGGACGGUUUCACAGAGUUUCAGGAUCAGAAAAAAUAAGCCCACGAUGGGAACAAGACUACCAUCUGCAGCCCAUGGGCAAACUGGGAUUGUUUUACGAAUAUCUUGAAAUGAUUAUUCAGUUUGGGUUCGUCACCUUAUUUGUGGCCUCUUUUCCACUGGCCCCUCUGUUGGCUCUGGUGAACAAUAUAUUGGAAAUAAGAGUGGACGCAUGGAAACUGACCACCCAGUUUAGACGCCUGGUGCCCGAGAAAGCCCGAGACAUUGGAGCAUGGCAGCCCAUCAUGCAAGGAAUAGCAAUUCUGGCUGUGGUGACCAAUGCCAUGAUCAUUGCUUUCACAUCAGACAUGAUCCCCCGCCUGGUAUAUUACUGGUCCUUCUCUGUCCCGCCCUAUGGGGACCAUGCUGACUAUACCAUGGAGGGCUACAUCAACAAUACUCUCUCCUUCUUCAACAUCGCAGACUUCAAAAACAAAAGCCAGGGAAACCCAUACUCUGGGCUUGGUGACCAUACUACAUGCAGGUAUCGUGAUUUCCGAUACCCACCUGGACACCCACAGGAGUAUAAACACAACAUCUACUAUUGGCAUGUGAUUGCAGCCAAGCUGGCUUUUGUCAUUGUCAUGGAGCAUGUCAUCUUCUCUGUGAAAUUUAUCAUUUCAUAUGCAAUCCCGGAUGUAUCAAAACUCACGAAGAGCAAGAUCAAGAGAGAGAAGUACCUAACCCAGAAGCUUCUUCACGAGAGUCACCUCAAAGAUAUGACAAAAAAUAUGGGGGUGAUAGCCAAGAGGAUGACAGAAGUAGUAGAAAACAAUUUACGGCCAAAAUUAGAUUAAGAGCUUUAUGUUCUGAGAAGCACUUUAAGGAAUUUAGUUCUGUCAAAAUAUAUUAUGAAUCACUAAUGAGAAUGUUUAAGUUAAAUCACUAUGGCAAAUAUGAGUCUUAACUAUAACCAUUUCCGUGCAUAUUAUUUUUCAGUUUCAGCUAGCGAUGCAGGAACAGGAAGAUGUAAAACUUAGAUCAAUAAGGGCAUAAAAUUAAUCACCUGGAAAACCUAAAGUGUUCCUUUUUUGAUAAAUUGGAAUUUUAGUAACACAGAAAAAGUCUCUUAGUGUACUUAAAAACUGCCCCUUCUUAGCAGAAUGGAUUUUUUUUUCCUGUUUGAUUACUUCAUUUGUUUCUGUUCUCAGGCACAUGAUCUUUAUUUUCGGGCAGUGUUCCAUUUCUUCACUUUGCCAGAUCUGUUCCAGAGUUAUCUUUUCCUUACAUGCCAUCAUUAAAGAUCAGACAUGCGCCCACCUUAAUAGCUUUCAUGUGAUUGAAAAUAGCUAACUUGGAAUUCAGUUUGAAUGAAUGCUGCUGUUAAGUGGCAAAUAGAUUCAAGAAUUCACAAUGUUUGGGUGUAUUGUCACAUACCCCCAGAAAGGGAACCUCAGUUCGACAGAGGAAAUGGUUUCAGUCUUCAUUUUGGCCUGUCUUUCCAGCUCAAAGAAAUACUCUUAGUGGGUUGGAAUGAAGAUAGCAAGGUUUUGAAGCAUAUUUGUCCUAAUCGAUGGUGACAUCUUUUAUCUUCCAGGAGCACUCCUGGAAUAUCCUGUGCCUAAUCAAUGUUGACUGCUUUGCAGAUCUCAAGGGAAUAGGAUGACAAAAGUAGGGAAGGUUAUAGAUUCCAAUAGAACUGUAACUCAUGUUGACCUGGAUAAUUAACUUAUCUCUUCUAGAGAUGUGUCAUUUCUUGGGGGAAAAAAUGAUAUCACAUGAUUAAAAUUAUACUUUUAUCAACUUAAUUGUCUGGAAAAGAUAAGCCCAUCAGUUUCCCAGCAGAUGACUUUUAUUCAUUAGAUGGAGGAGGUACAGUAUUACAAAUCACCAAGCGCCUUCAUGACAGCUCACUCAUGGCCAUUGUGGCAUGACGAUGUUGCGCAUGGUCAGGAACAGCAAGUGCACUAAUUAUGAGCCAUGCUAAUUAUGCUCCUUGUGCGGGGCGUGCCUUUCACCAGGGAGUCUGCAGGACUUGGCUUGUUUCUAUACGUCAAGUGCUCAACAUACCAAAGCAUCUGCCAUAGUGACUGUGGCUUCAUCCACUUAUUCUGGGCCCAGUAACUCAUCUGUAAUUGUAUGAUUGCACAAGAGACAGGAAUAUACUCAGAUUAUUUCUGAUCAAAAAGACUCUGGCUUUGACUUGAGCUUCCAGCCUCUUCUAGAGCCAAUCAGGCAGUUAAGGGUAAUAAAGGAAAAUGGUUUGGCCACAAACUGUACCAGUAUCUGAAGAUUACUUCCUGCUGAACUCGUAUCCCAUCACAGAUCUUGCCCCCUCAGCUUGCUCAGCCUAGCAGUCUGCUCUGCUUCACUGCCUUUUAAGCAUCAGGCCCUCUGGGAGCUCUGGAGAAGACACGGAGCCAGCACCUCUCUCCCUUGACUGGUGAUGGGUCAGUGCUGGGUGCAGGAGGAGGUGGUGAUUUGCAUCCUGUUCGUGCUGGAUGGGCUCCACCCACUGGGAUGCUGUCAGGUGCUCAGGUGCCAGAGGAGCCAACCUGUCAGCAUCCCAGCAGCUAGGGAAAGUGAAACAUGUUUCAGUAAUCAGGUUUUAGAGUCUUGUGAUAAUAAAGUAGCUUAAAAAAAAAAAAGUGUUUAUAUAGGAUUCAUCAAAGCAGUAUUUCUGGGCUUUCGAAUUGUCCCAGUGGAUCAGGGACAACAUUUUGCUAUCUUUCUUAAUCAUGUUAACGAUGUGGUCAGAGAGUGUUCAAGACAGGCCACGUAAGGUCUGACUGCACUAGGAUGGAGAAAUGAAUUUCUUCCUGCUGAAAGAAACCGUUUUUCAUUUGGCACAGCCCAGAUGGGCAUGCCACAGUUCCUUUCCUCACUCCCCUGUGAUACUGCCCCUGGGAGGGGGUAUCGCUUCCUCUCUAUUUUUACCUCUUUUCUCUAAAGUGUGUGACUAUCUCUUAGUGUUUGAAUUAUGGCAAUUAAUCACUGUUUAUGCCAGCAUGGAAAAGAAAAUACUUUUACCUUAUCUCCUUGUAUAUAUGAUAGAACUGCAGAAGAAACAUACAUUUAUGUUUUCAUAGCCCCAGCAAAGAGAAUCCUCUUCAUAGUUUAAAAUGUGCUGCUGUAGACAGGAGGGAAAACACCUCUACAUUUUUAAAGGCAGCAAAUGUGAUGUCUGACGUCUGACACUGCUAAGAAGAUGCCCAAAAGAAUAAAAUAAUGGAGCCCCAGGGUCACUCAUGCCAUCCACAAUGUUAAUGUGAGUCCAGGGAUGACUUGUGGUGAAGAACAUGGGGCAAGGGCUGCAGACCAUAGCGGCUACAUCUGUAAGCAGGAGCAGAGGUGGCAGCCCCAGGGAAACCUGUGGCCGUGGACCUGGGAAGGGAGAAUCUGGCCCCCGACCUGUCCAGUGUUAACCACUAAAGAAAUUUUAGCUUUCUAUCUAUCUUUUUUGUAAUGCCUGUGAAUUUUAAUGAAUUGAAGCGUUAGACCAAAUACUCAGGGGAUUUUUCUUUAAACAUCCCUCAGAUAUUUUAGCUAUGUUAUUAGAAAGGGAAAGCAAUCAUUUUUGUUUUAAAACUAAACAAGGCCAUCUUGUAUACUGUCACCAAAGUGUUCCCUUUUUAAUGCACAUGUGUCUUGAAUUUCAUGAAGCAUUAAUUCACAAGGGGUCAGAAUGUGCUCUUUCAUUGAAACACUUCUUGUACCAUUCUCUUAUGUCCAUAAGAUGCGUGAGAAGUUAAAAUGUAUGAGCAGCUUAAGUGAAAUAUUCAUGAUGCUUUUCCUACACUGUAGCAUAAGAUGUAAAGUUUGUAAUUAAUGUUUGUUAAUUUCUGUGCAUUUUAAUAUUCUUUUAUAAUUAUGAGCAUUUUAAUAAAUUUGAUUUUUUAAACAA